CGCUGCCGCUGCGCAAAGUUGUCCUGACCAUGAAGAGCAACAAACUGGCCUGGAAUCCCAUGGAGGCCUUCAACUUUACCGUGGCCAACGAGGAUUGCAAUCUCUACAGCUUUGAUACGCGCAAACUGCAGUCGCCUCUUAAGGUGCACUUCGAUCAUGUCUCGGCUGUCACGGAUGUGGACUAUGCGCCCACGGGCAAAGAGUUUGUCUCGGGUAGUUACGAUAAGACUGUACGCCUCUAUAAUGCACAUCUYAGCCACUCCCGUGACAUUUAUCACACYAAGCGAAUGCAGCAUGUGGUCUGCGUUGCCUGGUCACUGGACAAUCGUUACAUUUUCUCCGGCUCGGAUGAAAUGAAUGUGCGCAUGUGGAAGGCGAAUGCGUCAGAGAAACUGGGCGUGAUACGUCCCCGCGAACGGACCAACUUCAACUACCAGGAGGCACUCAAGGAGAAGUAUGCAGCUCAUCCACAAAUCAAACGAAUUGCACGUCAUCGACAGGUGCCGCGUCAUGUGAUGAAUGCACAGCGGAAGAUGCGUGCGGUCAAGGAGAAGGAGCUGGUCAAGGAGGCCAAUAUACGCAAGCACUCGAAAAAGGGCAAAGUGCCCUUUGUCAGCGAGAAGAAGAAGCAUGUCAUUCGCGAAGAUGUUUAAUAAUUGUAGAUAUUUUAGUUUUAACGUACAAUAUAUAAA